CCCCAGCAAAUGAGCCACUACAGCCGGAGCAUCGUUCACUCACGGAUCUUAUGAUGCUCCCACGUUUAAACUUAUUUUGUUUUUCUCACAUUCCUUUAUAUUGUCCGUUAAACAGCUAGCGUUUGACUUUAAAGCGCUUUUCGGGGAAACUUUUUUCAUUGUAAACGAACACUGACGGAAGGAAGACAGCGAAUUGCGAUGGAUGCCUUGAAAUUAAUUUUAUUUGUUUCAACACUGAGCUUCAGGUUUUUCGCUGUUGGUGCUGUUCAGAUGUGUGACGUGGUAAAUGAGAUUGAGCUGGCGAGAGAGAGAUGUGAGAAUAAAACAGCAGGAAACGUCACAUCAGGCUGCAAAGGAAUGUGGGAUAUCAUAGCCUGCUGGCCAUCAGCCAGAGUUGGAGAACAUGUGGUGAUCCCGUGUCCAAAUUACUUCAGACACUUCUCUGAUCACCAUGAGGGUAACCUCUCAAAGACCUGCACUGCUGAUGGCUGGACUGAGAUGGACCCCAUAACGACCGCUAUGAAUUGUGGGUAUAAUCUUAACGGCACGGGUGAUGAUGACAGUUUCUAUAGAUCAAUAAAGAUCGGCUACACCAUCGGUCACAGUGUUUCUCUCAUUUCUCUCACCAGUGCAAUUGUUUUACUUUGUUUAUUCAGGAAACUGCACUGCACGCGGAAUUACAUCCACAUGCACCUGUUCGUGUCCUUCAUACUGAAAGCCAUUGCUGUCUUUGUCAAAGACGUGGUCUUGUAUGAUGUCAUUCAAGAGUCUGACACCUGCUCUACUGCAUCUGUUGGCUGUAAAGCUGUGAUCGUCUUCUUCCAGUAUUGCAUUAUGGCGAGUUUCUUCUGGCUCUUGGUGGAAGGUCUCUAUCUUCAUGCUUUAUUGGCCGUCUCCUUCUUCUCGGAGAGAAAGUACUUCUGGUGGUACAUUCUGAUCGGUUGGGGAGGUCCAGCGAUUUUCAUCAUGGCUUGGAGUUUUGCCAAGGCUUACUUCAACGAUGUGGGAUGCUGGGAUAUAAUUGAGAAUUCUGACCCAUUCUGGUGGAUCAUCAAAACUCCGAUAUUAGCCUCGAUCCUGAUGAACUUCAUCCUGUUCAUCUGUAUCAUUCGCAUACUACGCCAGAAGAUCAACUGUCCCGACAUCGGACGAAAUGAAUCCAAUCAAUAUUCCCGCCUUGCAAAGUCCACGCUGUUGCUGAUUCCGCUUUUUGGGAUAAACUUCAUCAUAUUUGCUUUCAUUCCCGAAAACAUAAAAACCGACUUGAGGAUGGUCUUUGACCUGAUUCUUGGAUCGUUUCAGGGUUUCGUGGUUGCUGUUCUGUACUGUUUCCUGAACGGAGAGGUCCAAGGUGAAAUCAAGAGAAAAUGGAGGCGAUGGCACCUCGAAAGGUUUUUGGGUCCUGACACCAAAUACCAGCACCCAUCCAUGGGCAGCAACGGCACCAAUUUCAGCACGCAGAUCUCCAUGUUGACCCGCUGCAGCCCCAAGACUCGACGGACUUCGGCGUGCCAGGACGAAACGUCCAUCACUAUCUAAAUUACAAGGCAGGAAAAAAUGCUGUAUGUUGUCCGUGCGGUGUCAUCAUGCCGAAAUGAGCUUAAGAGGACCAAAGUCAUGAAGAUCAUCCAUUGUGUUGUGGAAGUGUUCACCUUAUAGAAAUCCACUCAUUCACUCAGUGUGAACAAGUGUGAACAUUGGCUCAGUGCCAACAACAAUCUGUCACGUGUACAGGCUGUGUUAAUACAUGCUUUCCUGAUAUUAAAUUCACCAUUAACAUAAUUUGAUGAUUGAGAUAUUCGUUUACAAUUGAUACAUGAAACCGGAGAUGUUUUCCUGGAAAGCUGUAAGAUGCAGUUUCAGACUGACGGCAUAUAUUGCAGACUUGGCCCUACGGGGACACGAGUGCAACAGCGUCAACAAGAAUGACUGAUGAUACGGUGUAAGAAAAAGAGGUUAGCGAUUCUCUUCCUGGAGUGCUCUUUAUGAAACAAUAUUUUUGCUUAUACAGUAAGUUAUUAAAAAAACAACCAAAAGUGGAUUGUUGAAUAUCCAAUAUAUGGAGAUACACUGUAGAGACCAAUUGUGGUGUUUCUAAACAUGUUGUUCAUGUCAUUUUUAAUGAAUUUUCAGUCUAGUAUGUCUGUGUGUGGGUGCGUAUGUGUGUACGGAUGACAGGAAUUGGCCCGUUUGAAAGCCGAAUGCCCUUCUCUGCACUAUCAUUUCAGAUCAGUCAUCCAGCAUUGUCAACAUUUUGUAUGCAUGAUUGAUUCAGUGUCAUUGUGCCUUGUAUCGCUGUGGGUUUAUAGGCGAAAUUUAACAAUGUGAACAAACACCCCCUUGUGAUAUCGACAGUGACCUUUGCUGCUACCUAUAGCCGCACUGUUUGAGCUUGUAAAAAAGCAUCUAUGAAUAUUUAAUUAUUUAUCUUAAGGACUAGUACAAAUAAAUAUGUUGAAUUGUGGACCAAUUCAGCUAACAGUGGAAGUGGUACUAAAUGACAUUCCUUUUUAUGUGCUUGCUUAUCUUUGUUUUAAGGAAACAGUUCACCCAGAAAUUAAAACAUGAGGAUAUGUUCAGAUGCGAAACCCUUUAUGCAUGUUUUCUUGUAAAUUAGCAUUUUAUCAGGCUCUUAUGUUUACGUGACGUAAUUUAAUAGCAUUGAAAAUUUUAUUAGUCAGUAAUGGAAAUGCCUUUUUAUCCACAAAAUUUCAUUGGAAUUGAAUAAAUUUGACUGUCUUUUGUUGCAAAACCGUCUAAGUACACAUAAACAUUUUUUGCAAAAACCUUCACUUUUAAAAAAAUCGACUUACGCACGCCAUUCAUUUUCUGUGCACUUUAAGGAUGCUGCUGAAAAAUCGACAUGGUGUUUAGAGGAUUCUGCCAACAAAGCAACGUUUUUGUGAAUGACCUGAGGCAGGGAUUAAAGGGACAUUCCACUUUUUUUUUAAAUAUACAAAUUUUCCAGCUCCCCUAGAGUUAAACAUUUGAUUUUUACUGUUUUGGAAUCCAUUCAGCUGAUCUCCGGGUCUGGUGCUACC